CAACUUUCGUUAUCCAGCUGUUCAACCGACACCGACCUGUUUCCCAACUUUUCGAGACUGAGGGCUGGUUAUCUAAUGAGUGAGUUCGGAGCAUUUCGACCUACAAAUCUUGAGGGACAAGCGCUUGAAAUGAACUUCACUUGCCUACUCGAGGUUUGCAGAGACGCUUGCGCAGAGACAUUUUGUGGAGGAGGACUCUCUGGAUGGGGAAGAAGAAAACGAAAUUCUGCGGAAGGAAACGUAGCUCAUAUCGGCAAAGACAACACAGUUACUGCCCUUGAUGCAGAGGAACAUCAGUUGACGAAGCGACAAGCUGACUUGUAUGACAUCGAUGUAGGGGCUAAUGUUAAGAUAGUUGAGAAAUAUUCGGAGAUCCAUGUAGUAACAGAAGAGACAGUGUGUAUGAAUGCAGCCAUUCUCAUCACCAUUAUGAUAUUUCUGAGCGCGGGCCUUGUCGGGUUUGCUGGUUCAACAUUUAUUUUCUACCGGAAGUGGACAGCUUCACAGUCUAUGAUCGGAAAGUCUGCUGCCGGAAGUAGAGCAGAGAAUAAAAGAAAGGAUUCGGGCUUCCCUGGACAAAUAGAAAAUGCGUUCAGCAGAAAUGUCUUCAACCAAUAUUGACAUAUUACAGAAGUCAAAAGAAAUGUUUAUGUUAGUGGUUGUAUGUUAACAAGGCAGCAAAUAUUUCAAGACUCAUGUACAUGAGAGCAUAUAAAAGAAAUAUACGUUAAAUAUAAUGCAUGAGUAUUUUUUUAUUAGAAAAUGAGAUAUUGACACCUGCACUUAGAUAUAAGGUAUGAUUAAAACAUAUUUGCAAGAA